AUGUCAAGGGCUAAAUUCGAUCCAAAAACGCUCACAGACGUGGCGUUUUUUGUGGGUGCCAGUAUAUCCAUAUAUUAUUUACUCAGCCACAUUCUGAAUGAUGGUCAGGGUGCAGGCAGCAAGUCUAAAGAGGCAAAGAAGAAAGCUAAGGCUUCUAUGCAAAGGCUAAAGGCUCUGAAUCCUGAGUUGAAUUUAGACUUGAAUGAGUAUGAGAAGGUUGUUUUGGCGUCUGUAAUCACGCCAUCCGAGAUCAACGUUUCGUUCAAGGAUAUCGGUGGAUUAGAGCCUAUCAUUGAUGAUCUGAAAGAGAGUGUGCUCUACCCGUUGACUUGUCCUCAACUAUUUACACAGUAUUCCCAGCUGCUCCAAGCACCAAAGGGUGUUCUGCUUUACGGACCACCCGGAUGUGGGAAAACGAUGCUUGCGAAGGCUUUGGCAUGUGAAAGUGGUGCAAAUUUCAUCUCCAUACGAAUGUCUUCAAUUAUGGACAAAUGGUACGGAGAGUCCAACAAGCUGGUGGAUGCAAUUUUCUCCUUGGCCCAGAAACUCCAGCCUUGUAUCAUUUUCAUCGACGAAAUUGACUCGUUUUUGAGAGAAAGACAGUCCAUGGACCAUGAGAUAACAGCAAUGCUGAAGGCAGAAUUCAUGACGUUAUGGGACGGCUUGACUUCCAGUGGCAGAAUUUUGGUCUUGGGAGCCACCAACAGGGCAGAUGACAUUGACAGUGCGUUCAUGAGAAGAAUGCCCAAGAGAUUUGCAGUGAGUCUGCCGAACGAGGCUCAGAGACUGAAAAUCCUCAGGGUUUUGCUGAAGGAAAUUAGAAUCGACUUUGAGCUUUCGGAGCUCUCGAGCAGGACUAACGGCCUGAGUGGUUCCGAUCUGAAGGAGCUAUGCAGGAAUGCUGCGAUCAACUCCACGAGACAAUUCAUUAGGCAGAAUAUAAAGGAGGGACGGAAGCUGGAUGGGGACGAGAAGAUAGUGUUGAGACCGUUACGACUACAGGAUUUCGUCGAUAGCAUAAGCACUAGUGAUAAGGUUGCAAAGCACCUGGACUUGCAUGUUCCAUCGGUUGACUAA